AGGAGGCGGCGAGCGCGGGGGAAGACGAAAAAGAAAAAGAAGGCGAGAGGGCGGCCCUCUGCUGCUCGGGGACCGACGCGCGCACCGGCCGCCGGAGGAGCCCGGCUCGGGCGCGGGAGCGGCGGCGGCGGCGACGGGGACCAUGGAGCGCGGGCUGCAUCUGGGCGCGGCGACCGCGGGCGAAGACGACCUGUUCCUGCACAAGAGCCUGAGCGCGUCCACCGCCAAGCGCCUCGAGGCGGCUUUCCGCUCCACGCCCCCGGGCAUGGACCUGUCCCUGGCCCCGCCGCCACCGCCACCGCCGCCGCCGCCGCGGGAGCGCCCGGCAUCCUCGUCGUCGUCGUCGCCCCUGGGCUGCUUCGAGCCGGCUGACCCCGAGGGGGCAGGGCUGCUCCUGCCACCCCCGGGGGGAGGCGGCGGGGGCGCGGGCGGCGGCGGCGGCGGCGGCGGCGGCGGCGGGGUGGGCAUCCCCGGGCUGCUCGUGGGCUCGGCGGGCGUGGGGGGCGACCCGAGCCUCAGCAGCCUGCCCGCCGGGGCCGCCCUGUGCCUCAAGUACGGCGAGAGCGCCGGCCGGGGCUCGGUGGCCGAGAGCAGCGGCGGCGAGCAGAGCCCCGACGACGACAGCGACGGCCGCUGCGAGCUGGUGCUGCGGGCCGGAGGCGCCGACCCCCGGGGCUCCCCGGGCGCGGCGGGCGGCGGCGCCAAGGCGGCCGAGGGCUGCUCCAACGCGCACCUCCACGGCGGUGCGAGCGCCCCCACGGGGGGCCCGGGAGGAGGAGGCGGCGGGGGCAGCAGCGGCGGCGCCGGCGGCGGCGGGGGUGGCAGCAGCAAGAAAUCCAAAGAGCAGAAGGCGCUGCGGCUCAACAUCAACGCCCGGGAGCGCCGGCGGAUGCACGACCUGAACGACGCGCUGGACGAGCUGCGCGCGGUCAUCCCCUACGCGCACAGCCCCUCGGUGCGGAAGCUGUCCAAGAUCGCCACGCUGCUGCUCGCCAAGAACUACAUCCUCAUGCAGGCGCAGGCCCUGGAGGAGAUGCGGCGCCUCGUCGCCUACCUCAACCAGGGCCAGGCCAUCUCGGCCGCCUCCCUGCCCAGCUCGGCGGCGGCGGCGGCGGCGGCGGCCGCCCUGCACCCGGCGCUCGGCGCGUACGAGCAGGCGGCCGGUUACCCGUUCAGUGCCGGGCUGCCCCCCACCGCGUCCUGCCCGGAGAAGUGCGCCCUGUUUAACAGCGUCUCCUCCAGCCUCUGCAAACAGUGCACGGAGAAGCCUUAAACAACUUCCCCCUCCCAGUCAUCACCACUACCACCACCAUCACCACUACCACCACCACCAAGAAAAGACACCAGAUCGACCCCCCCAAACUAGAGGAAAGUGAAAAGCUGCACCCCCCCAACCCACCCCCUUCAUUUUGGUUCCUCUCGUAGUUGUGAAACACUUGCAGAACAAACAAAGAGAAGGCGAGAACUAAAGGGGAAGCGUCAGAGACACGAGCGGACUUUUAGCCUUGACAGCCCCGGAAUCCCCGGUCUUCA